GUUUUAGUUGAACAGCCGUCGGCUGGCAGUGCAUGUCGUCUCUUCAAGCUCCACACACGGAUACUGAAAAAGUUCCAGAUUCUGAAGACCUUGUUCUUGGCUCAAGGGCAGAAACGGAGCGAUGACCAACGACAAGACUGCAUCCCAGGGUGCAUCACUUCCGGAACUCCCAUCAACCCCCACCGGAAGUUCCACGUCCGACCUCCAGCUUACAGUCGAAGUUGACAUUGAACAGUAUGGCGACCAUCGGUCGUACCCAUCCUCUCCACUGUCCGACCUGCCUCCCUCCCCUCCCCUCUCAGACCUGCCCCCAUCACCCCCUCUGUCAGAGUCCCCGGAAAAGGAAAGACGCCAGUCUACAUCUUCCAUCGCCGGCAUCAGCGCAGACAUCAGCGACACCCCGCGGCUGUACGAGUGCCUCUCCGACGAGGAGAUCGAAGAGAACUACCUCGGUAACAUCGCACCACAUCAUCGCCGUCGGCACGGGGUUGUCAAUUGUCCAAGUCCUAUUUCAUCUGAUGGAGCUGACAGUGGCCAAACCUCCCCCGAGGAGCAUGUUGAGGAUGAAGGACCCGAGUUUGGGCUGAGACGGAGCAAGCUAGCCAAGCCGAAUACUAAACGAUCCCGAGGGGAGAACGGGGUGUACCCUAAAAGGGUGAGGAUGUCUGUGGAGGAGCCACGCCCUGAGGAAAUACGGGGAGGAAGGGAAGGGAGAAGAGGGUCCACGGAAUCUAACGACACUGGGGCAUCGUACAGCAAUAGCCUCGCUGCGCAUGUCAGGAAGGACUCGAUCGCCAUUGGUUUAGAUAAACUGAAUGGCUUCCCAUUCCGGAAGAAGUCCCUUUUGGGUUUCAUGAAUCUUCCUCUGCCAUCUAAAGCCAAGUUCCAAUCAAAGAACGGCGUUCUCCCAGAGCACCAGACCAAGAAGGAGCUGCUCAUGCACUACCGGGUUCACAUCUUCGUGGCUGUCAUCUUCGUCAUCACAGUGUCGUUCGUUAGUGCAGCGUGGUAUUUCCACGACAAGCAAGUGGAAGAACUAGCAACAACCCAGAAGAUCUUCUUUGAUCCACGGAGUCGUGUUCUGACCUUGAGAGACCAAGUGACCGGUGACGACCUUACGGGUCAUCUGGCUAAAGACCUACCAAAAUGGCAGCUUCCCCUCCACUGCCCCAUCUCAGAGAAGGGCGACCCAAAUGCAAAGGAAUGCAAGUGGAAGAACAACGCCAUCUUAAGGAUUGGCUACUUCAAAGAAGGAUUGAUUCAAUGUUAUAAUAUUUCCUGGGAGUACAGAACUAAGAAUCACGUUCCGUUUGAUUGUUUUGACCUGGGAAGUGCAUUUUGGUAUGGAUCGUCGAACAUGACGAAUGAUAUGUUACCAAUAACAGGCAAGUUUUCAUUUGACCCGAACGUGUACCGCUUGAAAGGAAAUGGUGUACUGAGCAGUGUUUUGGAAUAUUAUUGGCUAUCGUCUCAAGCUGAAGCCAUCGUUGUCGACUCCAAUGACCCACUUCAUAUAUCGUGGAACGAUACGGUUCCAGGGAAAGUGUGUCUUAUAUCCAACUACACAGAACCGUUUUACAGCUACACCCAGUCAUUGCUUCCACAUCUCAACUACACCGUCUGUAAUGGCGUCAACAUGGUGGAAACCCACGCCUUCAUGAGGAAAUAUUUUCUCUCCCCUACAGGGCCUCCUCUGCCUAGUGGCAACGUCCUUACGUACCCUCACUACUCUGUCAAAGCACGUGACUAUGAUCGCGACGUCUCUGAAACUGAAGUCAUGGCGAUGACGUCAGCAAUAGCGGAGAAAGAUUUGAAUUGCAGCACGCUGGAAAUUGAUGGCAACUGGCAAAAGACACUUGGGGAUCUGGAUUUAGAUAAAGGAAAAUUCGCCAAUAUCACAGCCAUGUUGGAUUCUAUUUCUGCCUCAAAGUGCCGAAUGUCACUUGAAAUUACGCCGUUCUUUCACUUCAGUUCUGUUAAUUUUAAAGAGGGUGUAGAAAAGGAGUUAUUCGUAAUGGAUGCCGGAGGUGUAGUUCCCGGUCUCACGACCCUCGGAGAAGACUUUGCUGGAGUCUUGGAUGUUUCUAACCCUGCAGCCAAGGCCUGGUUUACUGGAAAAGUCAAUAAUCUGGUCUCAAAUUACCAAACCAGUGCCUUCCGAUUCAGCUAUGGCACCAAAGCGUGGAUGCCGUACAAACCACACUUCGAAACCAACGAUUUGACACCAAAUAAAAUCCGGAGGCUGUACACAGAGAUGGUUACCUCCAUUAGUCAGAACGUCGUCUUGGAACAGACGUCACAAUCACAACAUGUCGGAGAACUGAUCAGUGUGAGGACCUCCAUCAAGACCUCUGGCGACAAAACCUGUCUCACCAACACUCUGGCCAGAGCACUAACACUUGGACUCUUGGGAUACCCAUAUGUUCUUUCAGAUGGCUUCGACCUGUACGAUGCGAGUAAGCAUACCACAGGGGGAAUGCCAAGCAUGGACCUGUACAUCAGAUGGAUGCAGCUGUCGGCCUUCUUCCCAGCUAUGAAGUAUUCCAUCCCGCCCUGGUCGUACGGUAGUGUGUGUGUCCAGGUGGCCAAGGAUAUGAGUCAUAUCCAUCAGACUCACGUGGUGCCUAUCAUAACCAGUCUAGGCGAUGACAUCAAGAAAGGCUUGCCUAUCAUGAGACCUGUCUGGUGGAUGGAUCCCAAGAACGCAACUGCCCAUAAGGUUCAGGAUGAGUUCCUGGUGGGCAACCGGCUUCUUGUAGCUCCAGUCGUAUGCGAGGGCGCCACCACGAGAGGAAUCUUCUUCCCCAAAGGGAUAUGGUCUGAUCACAAUAAUGGUGGAAAGGUUUUGGUGGGUCCGAUAUAUAUUGAGAAUUACACUGUUAGUCAGUUCCAGAUUCCAUACUUUACUCGACUACAGCAGCAGUAUCCAUGAUCACCACAGACAUUGCUGAGGACAAGAUGGUGAAGAUUGGUACAACAUAGUGAACAUACUAAGUGGUAAUACUAUUAAUCCAGUUGACAGGAUGUACACAAACUAUGGGUUUGGCGACGAUUACAAACAGUUACAAACGUCAGGAUACAACUGGAUAUUCUUGAAAUGAGUUCUUCGGUUGCCAGUGUCAACCGUAUUUAUACUAUUCCCAAGCGACUGUUAGAUACUCAGAAUGUCAUAUCAAACACCUAUGUGGUAUAAUAUAUUUCUCAUUAUUGUAUUUCGUCAUUAUGUUCAAUUUACUUACAACAGCAACACGCUCGUGUCAAAUGUAAGUAGAUCUUCAAUGCACAGAUAUGUACGUGUUGAUCUGGUGUGUUUGGAUGGUUCUUGAAAGUGAAUACUCUGACAUCGAAGUUCACAGUGCAAUAAUUGCCCUACCUUUCUCGUUUAUUAUGUAAUAAUGGAUUUUUUAUAUGUUUUAAAAA